GGCCGUUGGCUCCCGUCGCCCCGCGCUGCCUGCUCCGGUGCCCGGAGAUGCGGUCCGGACCGUGCCACCCGGCACGGGGAUGGUUCGUUCCCUCCCCGCCGGUGUCCCCGUGUCCCUGGCAGCGGGUUUAGGCGCUGACCCUCUGGGGGGCACAGCAUCAGCACCCCGCGAUGGGGCCGGGUGUCCCCGGUGUCACCCACUCGCUCCCGCGGGAGGCGGGGACGCGGUGGAGCCGCGGCGCUCCCAAAUCCCGGCACAGCACCGGCUCCCGCUCCAACCGGGGCACGGUGACCGGCCCCGGGGGCUCUGCAGCCCGAGGCUGCCAGCGGCUCCGGCUGGACUCUCCCGGGAGAGCCGGUGAUCCUCCCGCCCCGGGCUCGGUUCUCCCGGCACGGCACGGCACGGAUUCCUCUGCCCGAGCAGGACAGACGGUCCAGCCUGGCUCGGCUCGGCCACAGACGGGAUGCGCUGCGGCCGCUCCAGCCGUGCCAAUGGGAGAGCGGAGGCUGCCCCAGGGAUCGGCUCCUGCAGCCCAGCCCGUGAUUCCAGCUGGAUUCCAGGAUGAUGCCCGCCCCGGUGGUGCCCGUCCCUCGGGAGGUGUUGGUGCCCAGGCGAUGCCAGGUGCCAAUGGAAUGCUCAUCCCCGUGCCCAGGCAAGGAGCACGGCCCUGAGGUGCCAAGGGACAUUUUUUUUUUUUUUUUGGUCACCUAAUUCAGCAAGGGGAGGGGGAUUCCCGAUUCCACGCAGCUGCUGGAAGCCCUGGUGGGAGCUGAGCAGCACCUGUGAGCUGAUCCCCCCUCUAUAAAAGGCUGAUUUUAUCACCAUGCUUUGCUGGGCAUGCCUGGGGGGAGUGAAGCCAAGAGGAAAAAAUGCUUGCUGCUCCUUUGGGAAUGAGCUGUGUGCAGUCUGGGAGACAAAUAAAAAGAUAAAGGAGGUAUGAGC